CUUUAAAUAUAUUGCUAAAGAAAAGCAACGAAAAGUCACGUCAAAGUGCAGCUUUUGUAAUGAAAUUAUUAUAGAAAAAUUAUACAGAAACAAAUAAAGUGAUUCAAAUUAAAAAAUUACAAUUAAACUCCAGCAGAAGCUUCGGGUGCGACAACAACAAUACGAAACACAAUGGAAUAUAUAAAUAUGGAUAAACGUUUUAAAAUAUCGAAGACGUUAAUUAUAAAUUUCAUCUUUCUUUUGCUCUUCAUCGCCGCCAUCAACCAGCCAAUUGACGCUUUUGGUUUCGAUUCCGCAAACUCAUGCAGCACACAGGCAUCCAAACUCUCGCGUCGUGGACGAGCACAAAUGCUCGCCGCCAUACCCUGCGACCUAGCACGCCAAGCCUACUGCCACCUACCCGGCUCGGCAUAUCCCUGGCAUGCAGUACGACGUUUCGUACACGAAAAUCAUGGCCUCAUGAAACGAAUGUAUGGAGACGUACGACAUAUUUCAGUGCUGCGCGAUGAAAUACUCAACAACGAGAUCGAUGUCGACGAUGUUGAAAUUGCUGCUGAACGUUACUCGAAGGAGCCGCAUAGAUCGCGUGCGGCCAAAUAUAUGCAUGCACAGCGCGAGGAAUAUGGAGGUAUCAAAAAUAAUGAUGUUCUUAUGGAGCCGCAUUUUCGGCCGGUUUCGACAGCAACAACUGUACCGGAUACAACAAGAGAAGAACAUACGAAUAUGGCUAGUGAGAAGGUGGAAGCAAAAAUAGAAGAAGAACGACCGGUAACAAUUACAAGCGGUACACUAAGGCGAAGAACAAAUGUAAGCGCAAAUAGUGGUGGUGGUCAUAGACGACGCGUUAAUGUCUACGUCAAUCGUAAUAGGCCCACACACUCUUCAUUGCGACGUCGCACAACCACGACAACGACUACCGAGGAACCGAAAUUGUUAGCGGAAAACAAUGAACAGACUAGCAAAAUAGUGUUACACGAAGAAACCAUACACGAAAUACCCGAAGACGACGGCAAUCUUGCCUCGAAUAGUGUCUAUGAGACACCAACCUCACCGGAGGCACCGCUACACAUGGGUGACAAUAUACAAAUAAUCGAAUCACCACAACUCGGACAACUGCAGAAACCAUUGACUGAACAAAAAAAUAGCUCUGAGUCUGCAACUAUCUCGACAACGCUGAAAGUGGUUACCACGUCCUUAACCAAGGUGAGACCGGCACCUGAUCCACCAGCGCCUGUGGCACCCACACCUCUACAACAAAAACCUGCAUAUCAAGGGGAAAGUCAACGACCAGGCCUGCAGCAGUUACAAAAACUCAAACUGCAACAAGUGAAGCAACAAUCAGCUGCUGUUGCGGGUGGUGCAAAAGAAAGUUCAACACUAAAAUCAAAACCAGCCAAUGAAAGUGAACGUACUCAAAGUGACACAGCGUUUGCACCCGCGAACACCGGUGCAACAGCACAGCCAUUAAAAGCAGCCACAAAUAGUGACGUAGACAUCACAACGGACGCUGAUAAUGGGACGACGCUAUCAGGCAGCGGCAAAACUAACUUUGACACGGACGCUACUCCUCCAACAGCAGCGACUGUGGCUGCAGCUUUAGCAGCAGCUACCCAAGCCAACACACAGCACCAACACCAACAGUAUGUCACAAACAAAAAUGAACAUCGUUUCGGUGAAAAUAAAGCCGAUUUGCCGCCAACGACGGCAAUCGAGCAAACGAUACCAACAACAGUCGCCACGAAACUCACAUCAACACAAGCCGAGUUAUCUUCGGCUGCUAAGGCUACGAGCUCACCAAGUACAGCAACAACUGGCGCGGAGGCGAGCGCAGCACAUGUUGAACUGCUGGCCAAUGAAAAAAUCCAGCAUCCACAAUCGGCGUCACAACAGUCACCCCAGACAACACCCAUUAGUGCUGCAGCUGCUGCGUCCACAAAACCGGUGCUACGCGACGGCCAGCUGUAUCAAGACGCACUAAAGCAGGAGGUGAAACCCAGUGCCAAUAUGCGAGGCAUCAAUGCCUGUCCCGUCAAGGAGGAGGUCGUGGCUCCAUUUUGGGCAAACAAUACUCGGGGAGAAGUGCUCGCCCUGCUCAAUCUCUAUCCCUUCGAACAGUAUGUCCAUUGGGAGAAAUGCACACACGAACAUCGCCAGAUGUACUGUCGUGAAGGUUGCCGUUGCGAGCAGCAAUAUCGUCUACAUCGGUUACUUGCCUACGAUCCACACAACGAAUGUCGUGGCAUUUUCUCUGAUUGGUUUCGUUUCCCAUCGUGUUGCAUUUGCAAGUGCUAUGGUAUACCAAUGGAGUUUCGCGCCACAUCGCGGAGCCCUCGAUCCGAACGUAUGGAUGAGUUUGAGACGGUAGCUGAAUACACGGAUUAUGAUGAUGAUAUUACAAAUGCAGAUGAGUCAGUGGAGGCAUUAGAGGAGCCUCAAACGCAACAUCCAAUAGAUGUGGCGGAGCAAAUGGUACGACAGGCAAUUUACGAACAUGCGACAGAGGAUUGGUACCGACCUAAGGAUGAAUUCGAUUUUUAUGAGGGUUAAAACCAUAGCAAAGGUGAAGCAGGCAGCAUGGGUUGUACGUUGCCUGUUGCUUGUUAGUUAGUUGGAAGUCAUAAGUUGGUGUUAUGCUGAUAAGAAUUUAAACAACCAAGCGCACUAGCUUAAAGCAAAGAGUAUCUACUAUUGCUUGCCGCAUGGCACGGCAUAAAUGGAAGUAAAUGUAUCGAAACACCAUAAAACCAAGUGAACUUCAAAAAGCAUAUAAUUUUACAAGGGAGAUAAGUUUUCCACUUUAUAGAUGAUUCUGACGAAAAUAAGCCUCAAAUCCACCCUCUGGCUAUAGAACCUUCAAUUCAUGUCCAGAUGAGAAGACGGAAUCCUCAAAAUCACAUUCAGCUACUGUAUUGUAUUAUUUUCGAAGUGUGCAAACUUCCCAAUUCAACUAUGUCUCUUGGUCGAAAACUUGAACUGUUCCUCAGUAGAAUUAUUCUUCAUUGUUGAAGCUCUCAUUAUGGUAUUAUUUUUUCCUUUCCAUUCAGUGUCAACCAAGAUGAAUUCAUUAAAGGUGGUAUUGGUAGACCAGCUGAUACGUUUUCUUUUUCUUUUUGGCUUUCUUUCAUCUUUCCAUCCAGAUGUCCGCAUAAAAUGAAAUAACGAAAAGCGCUUCCAUUUGCAGCAUCAUCUUCGUUUGCUUCUAGCUCCAAAAUCAUG